AUGACCGCUAUUCGACCUCGGCGCCGUUCGCCUAGGUUUCGGCCCCCUUCCCCAAGCCCAAAGACCGUCCGACAUUGGCCCGGUGGCAUCCCUGUCUCGGUCCGUGUCCAUCCGGACAGCCUGUCGAAUGACGAGAUGAGAGAAGCUGUCAAGGGAUGGCUGUUGUUUGUUUCGGUGCACUGGGUCUCGCGCCAAGCUGCCGGUAUCUCCGAGGAUGAAGACCCCGACUAUGAACUUCGGCAGCGCCGGUCCCUAGUCGAACGGUGGGCGACAGCAGACCAGACCAUACGCGAUGGCUUUCAUGAACGCGCGCCUCUCCCCGAAACCCCUCGGGACUACUGCCUGGAGGCCCGGGAACGAGUCACCCGGACCAGCCAGCCCUCCUCGGUGUUUAUGUGCCUAGCUCCAGUCGACCAGCAGAACCCGGAUUUCAAGGGGGAGGGCGUCGGGGGGGUCUCCCUGCCCUCAGUAGUCCUUGAGCCAAAUCCUUACACUGUAUUGAGUGGGGCCCAUGGCGACUUCGCCAAAGGAGAUUUCCUCGCAUGGAAGUACAUCGAACCCGCCGACUUUGCACGCAUGUCCAUGACGAGGUGGGGCACCGUCAUCUUCUUGAGCCAAAGGGAUUUCUACUGGAUCGUUGAUCAAAAGGGCCUCGAGACGGGGAUUCUGUCAUAUGUCUAUUUCGGGGUAAAUGGGCAGGUCUUCCAGGAACGGGGUUGGCGAGCAUAUCAUGUGCCCGAGGUGGAGUGUAUGAUCGAGGGCCUUGGAUGGCCUCUGUCCAGUCUCCAGGCGCACUAUAUUUGGGGAACUGAUGAAGACAAUCCCCCAAUGAACAUGGACGCUCCGGUGCUGGAGAUUCUGCAGAAGGCGUGGGACGACGGUCUGAUGCGGCGUUUCCGGCCUGAAAAUCCCAGCCAAUUUCCUGAGAAGAUUGACAGAUGGGCUCCGGGAUAUCUUGCCCUGGAGGCCGAAGGUCGGGCCUUGGACUAUGAUCCUGUCAAGAUGUAUGCAAACUUUCCAUGA